UUUACAUGUAAUUGAUGAAUUCAAUAGAGCUACUACUCAGCUUGAGCAGAGUCAUCAGGAAAGACAAAAAAUUAUCCGAGAAACAGAAGACCUGGAGUCAGUGAAUGCACAAUUGAAUGAAACUCAAGCAGAUAUCAUAUUAAAUUUAGGAAAAUCGAACCAAUCAACAACUACAACAGAAACAUUUAAAACAUCUGAUGUUAAAAUCGUUACAGCUGCAAAUAAUGCGUAUUUUACUGGACUCAAGGAAUUUGUUGCCUCUGUUCAUUUCUGGGACCCGAACACAACUAUAAUCGUGUACGAUCUUGGAUUACAACCUCAACAAAAGAAAGAAGCUGAAAGUUGGUGUAAUGUUCAAGUUAAUCCUUUGCCUGAAAGCAUACCAGAUCAUAUAAGAAAUGAGAGCAGAAAACGAUACACUUGGAAACCACUAAUCCUACAAGAUGCUGUCACGAAAUACGGGGCAAUAUUUUACAGUGAUGCUGGAUCGGUAAUACGAGGCCCCUUGGAACCCAUAAAGAAACUGAUCAUCGCCGAUGGUCAUUUUUUCGUACAAGGUCAAGAUAUGGACAUGACAAAACUAUUGCAUGAAGGAAUGUGUAGAUAUUUUAAAGUGAAUAAGAAAAUGCUAAAAGGAAAGUACAGCUUUGCAGGAAACACACAGGGGUAUGUACGUGGAGGCCUUGCUGAGAAACACAUAUUGCAUCCUCUUGUUAAAUGUGCCAUUUCCCCAGAAUGCAUCACUCCACCAGGAUCAUCUCUCAAAAACCAUAGAUUCGACCAAUCAGCGUUAUCAGUAAUCAUUUACAUGUCAUCAAUCGUUGUUCAGCCUCAUACGGAAUUCCUGGCUGCCUCAAGUAAUCAACUGAACUCAAAUCCAUUUUUACCGAGUUCCAAACUUGUGUGGACAUCCCGUCAAAGGAGCCGCAGCUACAGCAAGGGUAUUUGUGUCAAUCCAAUACAGAGCAGCCUUCAUUGAUGUUUUAAACUCAAUACCCUUCUAAUUCGAGAUGCUGUAAUAAUAGCGCAAAGGUAGAAGGAAGUCUAUUGUUUAACCCCCUUAGGGAUAUCCUUCUUGGGAAUUCAAGAUUACAAUUAUUUAUGUGAUGUAUCAAUCUGACACCUCUAAUCAAUAUGUCAGAUGUUUUAAUGUCAUUUAAUUAUAUCACCAAC